AUGGGGUCCUCUUUCUCUAUAGCUGUUUUAGGCCGAAGAAAUCCCCCCAGCCGCUCUCCUACUUCCAACCAGGGAGCAGGGGAAGCAGAUGGGUGGGGGACAUCAGUGGUGGCAGGAAAUGUUAAAAAAGAAGAGAAAAAUGAAGUCAUUUUGAAUCAACCUGAGGAAAUCAUUGUCCAUGACAUCUGCCAGGAAGAACCUAAGGACAAUAUUAGCCAUCACAGCUAUCAGAGCUCAAUUAUCUCACAUUUACUUAACAGAAUCAAUCAUGUGAUCCAUGUGAUCAAUAAUCUUCUCUCUCUUUUCCAGGAGCAACCUGAGGAGCCUGGCACAGAGAUCAGCCAGGGUAAUGCCUCAGAGGAAGAAGAAAUUCUAGAAGAACAAGAGGAAGAAGAAAACAAUAGUGAUGACAUGCUUAUAUCUAGUGGGGAAGAAGAAAGCAGUAGUGAUGAUCUGUUUCCAUCACUUGAGAAACAACCUGAGGAAAUAAUUGCCCAUGACAAUUGCCAGGAAAAUCCUGAGACAAAUAUUGGCCAUUUCCAGGAGCAACCUGAGGAGCCUGGCACAGAGAUCAGCCAGGGUAAUGCCUCAGAGGAAGAACAUAAUCUACAAGAACAAGAGGAAGAAGAAAUAAAUAGUGAUGACAUGGUUAUAUAUAGUGGGGAAGAAGAAAGCAGUAGUGAUAAUCUGUUUCCAUCACUUGAGGUAUGAUUUGCUAUCAAGGACAUUAAAACAUUUUGUGCAUUGAACAGAUUGAUUUAUUGGGACAUGUUUAGCGUAACGUUUAUUUAGUAUGGCUUUGUUUAGGCCCACUAAUGUCUGGGAACCUAAAAACCAAACUGCAGUUUAAAUCACCAGUCCAGGUUAUGCUAAAACACUUU